AAUAAAUACAGCUGGCAGUGCAGCCUGCCUCCCCACCCGGACCAAACCAGUCGACCCGCCCACGGAUCAUUACCGUUGGUCUCCUUGUCUCUCGUUUUGAAUCUUCAGGAGUCCCGUGUCCGUUGUGUGUUCGUCGACCAUCGCACUCAUCGUCCGAGCACAUCAGGAUGAAGUCGCCCUUCUCGAUCGCGCUGCUAGUGGCUGCGGCCUCCUCGGCCGUGCCUCUUGCCAGCAGUCUGCCGGUUGCAACCAGAGAUCUGCUCGAUGCGUACGACUAUAUCAUCAUUGGAGGUGGACCAGGAGGCAUGGUCACUGCCAACCGCCUGUCUGAGGAUAGUUCAAAAACCGUGCUACUGAUUGAGGCUGGCCCAUUACACAAGUAUGAGAAGGAAAUCAUGAUCCCUCGUUGGCAGAUCCUUGGCGCUCUGGACCUCAGCUACCAAUGGGGCACGCUCACGACGCCGCAGCAGGAGCUCGCGCUCAACAGGCCCGUGAUCCUGAACCAGGGCAAGCUGCUUGGUGGUGGCGCGUCGCUCAACUUUAUGGUCUGGGGCCGUGGCACGCCGACCGAGUACGACACCUGGGAGGAAUUGGGCAAUCCCGGCUGGGGCUGGAAGGGACUGCUGCCGUACUUCAAGAAGUCUGAGCAUUUCACGCCUCCGAGACAAAGCCAGGUCGACGAGUUCCGCAUCACCUACGAUCCGGAGUGCCACGGCACCGGAGGACCAAUCCAGAACGGCUACAGCCACUACAACUAUCCGCAGAACAGGAACUUCCAGGACGCCAUGGCGAGCCUGGGCUUCAGCCACACGGCGGAGCCCAUGUGCAACUCUCUGGGAUACCACAUGAGCCUGCACAGCAUUGACGACAAGAACCAGUCCCGCAGUGACCCGCGGACGGCCUACUACGACCCUAUCUUUGGCGAGAAGGGCACGCCCAGGCCCAAUAUCCACGUUCUCGUCGAGCACCUGGUCACUAAGAUUUUAACCGAGACUGUCAACGGCGUGGUCCGCGCCACAGGGGUCGAGUAUGCGGCUUCGGCGAAGAGCCCCGUCCAGCGCGUCCUGGUCAACCGCGAGGUCAUCGUGUCCGGUGGUUCUCUGCAGACGCCCAAGCUGCUCCAGCUCUCUGGUAUCGGUCAGAAGUCUGUGCUCGACAAGCUGGGCAUCAAGACUGUUGUCGAUCUCCCCGGUGUUGGAGCCAACCUCCACGACCACGCUGCUGCCCCGAGUCUUGGUGUUGUCAAGCCCGGCGUUCCCAGCCUGGUCGACAUUACGCUCAACCCCAAGCUCGACAAGGAGCAGGGCGACCUGUACUACGCGUCGCGCGAGGGCCGGUGGACCGAGAGCGGCGACAGCCUGGCCUUCCUGCCGUGGUACAACAUCACGACGCUCUCGCGUAAGGAGGCCGACGCCGUCAUCGCGACGACGACGGUCGAGGAGUCGCUCAAGUACCUCGCGCCCGACACGCACCCGGACGUGCGCGAGGGGUACAAGGCCAUCGUGGAGCGCGUGCACCGCGGCCACGUGGCGGGCACCAUUGCCGCCGAGGAGACCAUCUGGUUCAUGGGCGGCGUCGAGAUGCUGAGCACCCUCAUGAACCCGCUCUCCCGCGGCACGGUGCGGCCCGUCUCGAGGGACCCCUGGGUCCCCGCGGCCGUCGACCCGCGCUACCUCAGCCACCCGGCCGACCUCGACUUCAUCGUCGAGGGUGUGAGGCUCAUCCGCCGCCUCAUAAAGACCGACCCGAUGAAGGAGAUUGGCCACACCGAGGUCCUCCCCGGCCCGCUGGUCCUCGACGUCGGCGACGCCCUCAAGGCCUAUGUCCGCACCUCGCUCCUCACCGCGUGGCACCCGACCGGCACGUCCGCCAUGUUGCCGCGCAGGCUCGGCGGCGUGGUCGACCCGGAGCUCAAGGUCUACGGCACCAGCAACCUGCGGGUCGUGGAUGCCAGCAUCAUGCCCCAGCACCCGUCGGCUCACACCAUGAGUACAACAUAUGCGAUCGCCGAGAAGGCCGCCGACAUCAUCAAAGCCGCUGCCGCCGCCGCUUCCCCUUAGACAGUCAACACCCCCCCCCUCCUCGCCCUCGGAGGCACAGGCAUACGUAGAGUGUACUUGUGAUAUUCACGGGAGAUCAUGAUCCGUUAGUUACAUACAAUACUAUAUUACAAGUAUCGUCGGUGUGGUUGACAUUUUGGGGUUGUGUUCACACAGCCAGUGAGAAUGCUCCUCCCUUUCUGUGCGGGGAGUCCUCGUUCUUGCAAAAAAUUACCUUGCGUUCUCUUGCUUAGUGAUGUAUGACACCGCUUUCAAGACACUAGGUCACUUGCCAUAAACAUUGCAGGACGGUUCUAGCAGACAAAAGAAAUCCCUUGUCCAAAAUCAGAGGCUGGGCUAGGGCCGCCCCCGCCCAGUGAAGCGAGAGCAUCACCUCCAGUAAUGUAAUGGCAACAGCUCGCUGUAAAUGGAAGGAGACUUUGCCGGUAUUUCUCGACGAACGUCAC